UGUGUUGUGAUGUGAUGUUUUGAAGUUUGUUGGGUAUUUAAUUUGAAUUUAUGUAAAAUUCAGUUAAUUAAAAAACUGUAAUUUCCUGAAAUGUUUCAUUGACUGUUUUUCAUUGGUUCUUUGGUGCCUCUUUUUUAGCCUAAGUGUUUCAAAUGUCUCUGAAGCCAAAAGAAGUUGAUUUUAAAGCUACUUGGGCUCUGCUUUCUGAAACUAUAGAAGGAGUCAUUACUCUUGGACACGUAGAUCGCCAUGUUUGGAAUGAUCGUUUUACUGAAGUAUAUGCUCUCUGUGUUGCUUUGCCUGAACCCUUGGGAGAUGAACUAUAUCAAGAAACCAAAGAUUUCUUAGAGCGUCAUGUGAAUAAAUUACAUGAGCUUGUCCUUUCUUCCCAAGAAGGUUUAUUAGUAGCUUAUCAUAAAUAUUGGAUGCAGUACAGUAAAGGCAUAAAUUAUUUAAAUAAACUAUACAUGUAUUUAAAUACUCAACAUAUCAAAAAAAAUAAGUUUAAUGAAGCCGAUUUGCAGUAUGGACGUGCUGAAUUGUCCGACCAAAUGCUUGAAAUUGGAGAACUAGGAUUAGAUCUAUGGAAAAAGAAUAUGAUAGAGAAAUUAAGAGAGAACCUUGUUCAUCUUCUCUUGGAAGGGAUUAGAAGUGAUCGCCUUGGAGAUACUCCUAAUCAACCAGUUUUUCAUGGUGUAAUUCAGUCCUUUGUUCAAGUAGAAGAAUACAAGAAAAACUUACCUUUAAGUCUUUAUCAAACUAUUUUUGAAAUGCCUUUUUUGAAAGAUACAGGUGAAUAUUAUACUCUAGAAGCAAAUCGCUUGUUACAAGAAAAUGAUUGCUCUCAGUAUAUUGAAAGAGUGUUACAAAAACUAGAUGAUGAAAAUCUUCGUAGUCGAAAAUAUCUUCAUCCAAGCUCUUAUCCUAGAGUAACACAGGAAUGCCAACAAAGAAUGGUAGCAGAUCAUCUACAGUUCCUUCAUGGAGAAUGCAAAAGAAUGGUUCAACAAGAAGCUUGCACUGAUCUUCAUCAUAUGUAUCUCUUACUCAAGUCCAUCCCGAGUGGUGCUGAAGCAUUAAUUUUAGAAGUUCAAAAGCACAUUACUAAGAUUGGUCUGGAUGUUGUAAACAAUUUAAGAGGCGAUAAUAUUCCUCAACUUUUUGUUGAAUCACUCCUUGCUGUACAUGGAAAGUACAAUACCCUAAUUAAAGAUGUGUUUAAUGGAGAUCAGCAAUUUAUAGGAGCAUUAGAUAAAGCAUGCGCUGCAGUCAUUAAUUUUAAAGGAAAUCCAAAGCUUGCUUGUCGCUCACCGGAAUUAUUAGCAAAAUAUUGUGAUUCUCUUUUGAAAAAAAAUGCCAAAACAUGUACAGAAAAUGAAGUGGAAGAUAAACUAUCACAGUCAAUAACAAUAUUUAAAUACAUAGAUGACAAAGAUGUCUUUCAAAAAUUUUAUGCCAAGAUGCUUGCCAAGAGGUUAAUUUAUGGCCAAUCUAUGACAAUGGAUGCAGAAGAAGCUAUGAUUAACAAACUAAAACAAGCUUGUGGUUAUGAAUUCACUAGCAAACUACAUCGCAUGUUUACUGAUGUCAGUGUAAGUGUUGAUUUGAACAGCAAUUUUUCAACUUAUCUAAGGACAAACGAAAUUGACCUAGGUGUAAAUUUCAAUAUUUCAGUUCUUCAGGCUGGAGCCUGGCCAUUAGCUCAAACUUCUGUCUCACCAUUUGCCAUACCGCAAGAACUAGAAAAAAGUGUUCAAAAAUUUGAAACUUUUUACAGUACAAGGUUUAGUGGUCGCAAACUAACUUGGCUCCACCAUCUUUCACAUGCGGAACUGAAAUUGUGUUAUCUGAAGAAACCCUAUAUUGUAACAAUGGGCACUUAUCAGAUGGCAGUGCUUUUACUAUUUGAAACGGCUGACUCACUAGCAUAUACAGAAAUAAGUGAAAGUACAAAACUAAAUGAUGAACAGCUGACGAAGCAAUUGCAAAGUCUUCAAGAAUCUAAAUUAUUACUAGGUCCCAGUGAAAAAAAUAUAAGUCAACACAGUUCAUUUGCUUUAAAUAAAGAUUAUUCAAAUAAAAGAACCAAGUUUAAAUUGACUGCUGUUCUGCAGAAAGAAACUACACAGCAAGAAACAGAACAGACGCAUGUAUCUGUGGAAGAAGAUAGGAAGUUAUAUCUGCAGGCAGCAAUUGUGCGUAUAAUGAAAGCAAGAAAAAUUUUACGGCAUAACGGUUUAAUACAAGAGGUUAUAAAUCAAGCAAAAAACAGAUUUGUGCCCAAUAUCUCCAUGAUCAAAAAAUGUAUAGAAGCCUUAAUAGAUAAACAGUACAUCGAACGGACUCCAAAUUCUACAGAUGAAUAUAGUUAUGUGGCUUAAAGAAUUAAAUAUUUCAAUGAACUAUGUUCAGGUGGAAUGUGAUGCAAGUGUAAAGUUUGGACAGUGCUUUAUGUUCCAUUUCACUCCAUUUCAAAUUGGUGUAUAAAAACAAAUUUUUUGCAGUGCACAAUAAAAAAAAAUAAUAAGUUGAAAGAAAAGACAAUCAUGUGUUGUAAAAUGUCAUCUUUUAUUACAUAUUUUUAAAAUAUGCAAUGUAUUCUAAUAUAAGACGCCUGGUUCUGUUUUUAUGUUGUUGAUGAGUUUCUAAACCUAGGAUUAUAUUUAAAAGAAAUUGGUUUACAAAAAGAAUGCAGAAUGAGGUCAAUAAACAGAUUGUUUUUAAACUAA